AAAAUUAGUUGCCUUGCAAGUUUUAGUUCUCAUUUUUGUUCUACGUCUAGUGACACCUGUAUUUGGCGGUCGGCUGAAAACUUCGGGAAAUAGACUGGUUUCGGCGUCAGAGGCUCUCGUUAACAGGCCUCACUUGAUAAAAACUAACAUAAAUAGUAAAAUAACGGUACAGAUAUGUCUAGAAAUGAAUUUAAUCAAUAAUACCUAAACUGAAAAGUAUUUUUAGUAAUAUUAUAGUAACUUACAAUUGGUUUAAUGAAGAUGUAGUUGUAAUGUGAGCACUUGUUAGUCAUUUGAUCACAAACAUCUUCAUAAAUUGUUGUGACAAUAUUUUUGUGACUAACAUGUCAGUAAAUAACUUGAAAUCUAAUAGAAUAAUUAUCUCAUAGUUCAUUCUUGAUUGUUAUCUUGUGUGCAUUGUAAGUGAAUACUAGUUUCACUCACUUCCUCUCGUGUGUCGUUGAUUGUUUUGGUUGUGAACACCGUGGUCGUGCACGUCGGCGUUCUUUCGCCGUGUGAAUUAGCGUUGCUGUUACCUGAAAUUCAACGAAAUUUGGUAGUGAAUGAGAGAUCCGUUAAUAAUAUAAUGCGCAGUCGGAUCUCUUACGUUUUUGCCUGGUUUUGCCUGACCUUUUUUGUUGUAUUGCCACUUUUGUGCCACCGCUUAAAAUAUUCUGCAUACUACGGUUUGGUAUGGCGCAGAAACAAGACGAAAGAGAACAUUGACAUGAUGAAAGAUAAUUAUCGACGAUUAAUUUUGGCAAAUGAGGAAAUAUCCGGCAAGAGAGAUUUCACCUCGAAGUUUAAAUCGUUUUUAAGACCGAACAACCUCACAGAUAUAGCUAUAACUUUAAUUACAGUUUCAAGAGGAUCAAGAGAGUAUAGUCCUCAUUAUCUUUCCCAAACUGUUGGUAAAUUACUACAUCUUCUGAAGAAAAAUUCGGCUAAUAUGGAUUUUACGUAUUCAUUAAUGGUAUGUAAUGUAGAUCCAUUUCCUCAGAUGUUUGCUGAGGCAGUUGAACUUUCCUCACACAUUCAUACAGUCUCUGAGUAUAAAGAGAACACACAACUAUAUAAUCUAAACAGUCAAAAUAGAUUUGAGAAAGAGAAGCAUGAUUAUCUUUAUUGCUUAAAGGAAUCCCUUCUGUAUCAACCAAAAUAUGUGUUGCUUAUGGAGGAUGAUGCUUAUCCUAAUGAUGAAAUGUUUCCUGUUCUGGAGUACAGCAUACAUAAUAUAUUUGAAGAAAAGUUUAGUGAGUCUGACAUGCACCAAAGAAGAAAUAUUGCAUAUCUUAAGCUGUAUCAUCCACCAAGACUUCUUGGAUUUAUUGAUACAGAGGUGUCUAGAUUAUUUGAGCUUGCUGCAGCUGUCACUUUCAUCAUGGCAAUGAUAGGUAUAUACAAAGAAGUAUUUUCAUUGCGUACAAUUGGAAAAUUUCAAAUUAUGAGCUUUUCCUUAUACAUAACACUACUUGCUCUGGCAUUGGGAAGACCCAAUUUGUUAUUCAUACGCACAUUACUACCUUGUUUUCACUCAUUUGUAACUGCUCCAAGCUGUUGCACACCUGCUAAUUUAUAUUCAUAUGAUGGUGCAUUGGCAGUGAUUAAUUCUUUGGAACAUAAAGUAAGCCAUUCUGGCUAUGCAAAAGAUACUUUGUUGGAUGAAUUUUUGAAAGAGUCAAGAUACAGUGCCGUGUAUGUUGAACCAAACAUUUUUACACACAUAGGGCAAUAUUCAUCUUUACGUAACGGGUUGGUUCUUGACCCAUACGUGGUGUAGUCAGUGGAUCACAUACCAAAUACAUAAUAACAAAAUAUAACAGACAUUUAAUGUAGACCACAAUUUUUGUUUAAAUUUUUUAAUCCAUACAUGUUUCAGCAAACUUAUGCCAUCUUCAGUGCAGUAUAAUGAAUGAAAUAUUUACAUACAGUUUAUUUAUAAUGAAAUAUGAUACAUGAUAUAUUUAUAGACAGAUGAGGUGGAUACUGAAGUUAUUUACAGAUUGUGAUUAGGGGUGUUAAGUUAUGUACAAAUUAGAGAUAGUAUUAACAUGUUGAAUUUGUUGAGAUUAGGCUUGAGUUUUUUGAGGUAAAGUGCUUCUUUGAGUUUUAAAGAGGAAGGAGUGCUUGCACUGUUAAUACUAUCAACAUGUUAAUACUAUCUUUAAUUUUUAAAUAACUUAACACCUCUAAUCACAAUGCUACCACUGUUGAUACCAUAAUUUGGUUGAAAAUAGAUUAUGAUACAAUUUUUUAAAUGUGAAGGAGCCAAACUAUUUAUUAAUUUAUA